UUUACUUUAUUCACAGUUUGUGAAAAUAAUAGGUCACUGAGUAGGUGCAUGGUCCAGAGAGACCCACACUCAUAUAACAAUCCACCUGACGAAAGCCAUACCAUUUGCAGCAGUGAGCUCUUGGGACUUUCUUGGGAGAAUCAAUGGCAACGCUGGUGUUGGCUGCUGGUCUGUUUUUGGGAUUUUGCUUUUUUUUGGCCAUGUUCUUGAAAUGGAAUGAGAUCAGGUAUACAAGAAAAGGGUUGCCUCCAGGGACAAUGGGCUGGCCAAUUUUGGGAGAGACCACUGAGUUCCUCAGAUAUGGACCUGAUUUCAUGAAAAAUCAGAGAGCAAGGUAUGGCAGUUUAUUUAAGUCGCAUAUUCUGGGGUGUCCUACGAUUAUUUCCAUGGAUCCAGAGCUCAACAGAUACAUUCUGUUGAAUGAAAGCAAAGGGCUUGUUGCUGGCUACCCACAAUCCAUGCUAGAUAUAUUAGGCAAAUGCAACAUUGCUGCUGUGCAUGGUUCUACUCACAAAUACAUUAGAGGGUCACUUCUGUCUCUGGUUGGUCCUUCCAUGAUCAAAGAUCAUCUUUUGCCGAAAAUCGACAAGUCUAUCAGGUGUUUUCUUUGCAAUUGGCAAGGCAAAAUCAUUGAUAUCCAAGAAAAAACCAAUGAGAUGGCAUUGUUCAUAUCCUUUAAGCAGAUCCUGGAAAAAGAAUCGGAUUCCAUGUAUGAGAUAUUCAAACCGGAGUUUGAUAAGCUACUGGCAGGGACAUUGUCAGUCCCGAUCAACAUUCCAGGCUCAAAUUAUCAUUAUGGUUUCCAGGGAAGAAAAAGGAUCAUCAAAAUCUUGAGUGAAAUCAUUAAGGAGAGAAGAGCUUCCUCAAUAACCCAUGAUGACAUUCUUGAUCACCUUCUAAGAAAUGAAGGCUCAAAAUUCCAUUUGAGUGAUGAAGAGAUACUUGAUCAGAUUAUUGCAAUUCUGUAUUCAGGUUAUGAAACUGUAUCAUCUACUACAAUGAUGGCCAUCAAGUAUCUCCAUGACCACCCUGAUGCUCUUCAACAAGUUAGAGAAGAGCACUUAGCGAUUCGUGACAGGAAAAAACCAGGGGAUAACAUUGUCUGGGAUGACUACAAGUCCAUGAGUUUCACUCGAGCUGUGAUUCUUGAAACAUCAAGAUUGGCUACAGUUGUAAAUGGGCUACUAAGAAAGACGACACAAGACAUUGAACUGAACGGGUUUAUCAUUCCAAAAGGAUGGAGAAUAUAUGUUUAUACAAGGGAGAUAAACUAUGAUCCAUUGCUCUAUCCGGAGCCUUUAACUUUCAAUCCACAGAGAUGGCUGGAUAAGAGCUUGGAGUCUCACAACUAUUGUUUCUUGUUUGGAAGAGGAAGCAGGCUCUGCCCUGGAAAGGAACUGGGGAUUGUUAUAAUUUCUACAUUCCUUCACUAUUUUGUCACACAGUACAGAUGGGAGGAAGUUGGGGGAGAUGAGAUUCUGGAAUUUCCUAGAGUUGAAGCACCGAAUGGUCUGCAUAUAAGGGUGUCUGAGCUCUGAAAGAUAACAAGAACAUGAUCAUUACAGAUGGAGAUACAUAGAAUAAGCAAAGAAUUUAUAGCUGGAAAAAUUUUUAACAGUUGAAGUUAUGAAAUUAAUUCUCUGUUAUGGCCCAGAGAAGUGAGAACCAAAAAAGAAAGUAGUGUUUAAUACCUUUUCUCAAACUGUUUAAUACAGUUUUGUUGAUGGGUUUUGCAUAUAUGGAUUGAAUGUUUUUAUUUUUA